AAACACCCUUGAGGGCAAUAUGUACAAAAGUUUCUUCUUUCUAAUUUACUCCUAGGCGCAUAAGAAAAAGUGUUGCAAAUCAAAGGGAUAAAUUUGUAAAACAUCAAAGUACAGGUUCCCAACGGCGGCAUGGUAGCUAACGGGGACGACGGCGAACCGGCGGGUACAUCUCCGGCUGAAGAAGUAAUGACUACUUUUUCUCGCCACCAUUUCGGGACUUCCGAAGACACCGCCGAUGGCUUCUCCGUCACCAUUAUCGAGAACAUGAAAGAAGAGUACGGUUUGUUCGUAUGGCCUUGCAGUAUUAUUCUAGCUGAGUACGUAUGGCAACAAAAGUCGCGCUUUACUGGCGCAUCUGUGGUUGAGCUUGGGGCAGGGACCUCGUUGCCUGGGCUGGUUGCUGCAAAAGUGGGUGCAGAUGUGACGCUGACUGACGAUUCUAACAGAUCAGAGGUGCUCACUCAUAUGAGAAGACAGUGCGAGUUAAAUGAUAUCAAGUGCAAGAUACACGGACUUACAUGGGGUGUGUGGGAUACACAAACCUUCUGUCUGUGCCCAAACAUUAUCCUUGGAGCUGAUGUCCUAUAUGACAGUUGUGCUUUUGAUGAUCUUUUUGCAACUGUGGCAUUUUUACUCCAGAGUAGUCCAUCUUCCGUUUUUAUUACUACAUAUCACAACAGAAGCGGGCAUCACCUAAUUGGAUUCUUAAUGGUGAAAUGGGGCCUGAAGUGUGUUAAGCUUCUUGAUGGGUUCUCAUUUAUGCCAUCUUACAAGACGUCUAGUUUGAGUGGUAACAUUCAAUUGGCUGAGAUUGUUUUGGACACAGCUAACGGAGACGAGAAAGAACUGAUGUAACUGAAUUCAAGCUUGAUGGUGCCAAAUAUUAGGUUCUGCUGAUGUAUUUUACUUCCUCCACUGCAUAUUCACUAAGCCCACCAGAGCAAAUCAACUUUAUUAAGCUGGUAGAAUAUAACAUUGAUUGCGUUUACCUGUUUUGGUAAUACCAUGGCAAAAAGGGGAAAUUUAUUAUCACCAGUGCAUCUAUCGCAACAAAGGCUGAAGUAUAUGUGCAUGAGACUAUGCUGGGGCGAAGAGCUUCAACUGCUUUCUUUGCAUUAUCAAGUAGAUAGGAUGUGUGCAAAGAAACAUUAGGAGGACCAUCUUUUUCUGCCAAGUUAUUCCCUUGGAGUUCAGCAAAACCAAAAGCAUCACAACCCGUCAAGAAGGUAAAAGGGGAAUAAAAUCGUAAAAAGAAGAAACAACGGAAGGGGGGAGUGUGAGAAAGUUUAACCAUUAUGGGAUUUUUAUAAUUGAAUAAGGUUUGUUGUUGUGUACUUGAAUGUCACUAUCAUGGAAAUGCAUCCUUGGAGGUGCUGCAGGCACUGUUUUGUCCUUCUUUGUGGCCUCCUCAACAGCUUGUUUGACUUGCCUCAGGGCUUGUGAACUCAAUACGGUACAAAAUAAGACUGAUUCUUUAUGCCACCUACAUAAGAAUGGCAAAGGCUAUUUAUAUGUAGAAGGCCAAAGUUGUGUUAUUUCUUUGAAUUGGUUGAUUAUAAAUGGUUGCUUAAAAUAGUGAA